CGACUACCGACUUGAGCCUUUUUCUCUCCUGCUCCCGAUCUUCAACCUCAAGUGCCCCAAUUGCCCGCUGCUAAACCCUAGCCGCCAGGCGCCAGCCACGCCGGCGAUGCCUGUCCGCCACGCGCACACGCCGCCGCUUCUCCGCGACCACGCGACCCCGACUUCCCUUCUCUCUCAACUCGGCGACUCCCGACCACCUGCUCGCCACUGUGUGCCGCCACGGCCACCGCUUCCAGGAACCGCCGGCGAGAAUACCCUUCCUCUCCGGAUCUCCCUCAUCUCCUGAGUUACGGGCCCCGCCUUCAAGUCCCGACGAGAGGAACAGUUCUGACAGCCAGUGUGUUUCGGUUCUGUUGGGGUAAAACUGAGAACCGAACCGAAUUUUGCUAAGUUGGUGGCUUUCAUCCCCUGGCACAUCGCCAACCUUGCCGCCAAUUCCCCAAAAAAUGGAACUUGACACCAAAAAGCUGCAGAAUCUCCACAUCACCUCCCAUGAGGAGGAAACAGAGCCCGUUGCCAUUUUCGAAAGUGACUGCAUAGAUGAUGAGGACGAAGAAGAUUCGGAGCCGCAAGUAACCUUAGGUUUCGUGCAGGAGCCAGAGGAACCACUGUACUGGCAUCUUCUUCUCCCCCAACACUUCCCCGACAAAGCUGGCGGUGCCCCGGCCUGGCUUGAUCCUGUCAAUCUGCCAUCAGGCAAGUCAAGUAGCUGUGGCUUCUGUGGCGACCCACUGCGUUUUGUCCUCCAGCUCAACGCACCGAUUAAGUGGAAGGAGACAGCGUACCACCGCACCUUUUUCGUGUUCAUGUGUCCAUCCAUGUCUUGCUUGCUACAAGACCAACAUGAGCAGAGGAAAGGCUGGGCAGUAAAUCGUAGGAGAAGUGUGAAGGUUUUCAGGUGCCAGCUGCCCAAGAAUAAUCCAUUUUACCCGGUUGAAGAGCCUAAGGGCUGCAUCGGAACUGAAUGUGAAGGAGGAGUGCAUGCUCGGCUUUGUGAUUGGUGUGGUACAUGGAAAGGUGAAAAACUUUGCAGCCGCUGUAGGAAAGCAAGUUACUGUUCCAAGAAGCACCAGGAAUUGCAUUGGUGCACUAGUCACAAGAAGGAUUGCUCUCAAAUACCAGGUUCACUUGACGGCUCUAUUCUGCCAGGUGCACGGAAAGUAAUCGCUGGCGUUGGAUGGCCUGAAUUUAUGGUGGUUGAUGAUGAGGAGACCUAUUGUUUUGAUAAUUGUGGCAGAGAUAGCUCAGAACAGUUGGUAGUUCAAGGACAAAGGAAAACAGAUGACAUAACACUGUUAUUGAUGGAUCAAUUUGAGGCGGAUGAUGACAAUAGAUGCUGGGCAUCAUUCCUUGACCGCAUCUCACGAAAUCCACAAGAUCGACGGCAGGUGUUGAGGUGUGUGUUGUCAUUACUUUUAAUUUUUCUUUUCCCUUUUCGAUUAUUAAAAUUAAAGGUAGGUCACAGUGCCUUGCCACUUAUGUUAGGUAGUGUUUGGUUGAAAUCAUGAACUGAAAUGUAAUGGAAUGACUCCAAAAGUUGAGAUGA